UGUUGGUUCAGCUAGCCCUGUAUACCAUCUACGGAACUUAGAUCAAAAUGGCGAUAUAAAGACUGCCCAAAUCAAAGUGUUGGAAAAGGAUGUUUUAACAACCAACUCUCCUGUCCAAUCCAACACAUACCAACCCUUUACAUCUUGCUCCCUACGAAAUUAUACCACCCCUGACCACCACCAUGCCCAUCAAAAGCAAACAAAUCACCCCUCUCCCCCGCCCAACAUGGCUCGACAAAGCCGGCAUGAGCAAAGGCGUCGACCACGACCGACACCACCUCGGCAUAGUCCUCGCCCCCGGCCAAACUAUCAAAGCGCGCCAAACCAACCCCGCGUUCAAAAGCGACCUGACCCUUCGCCUUCUCAACGACGACGCACACACCGAGACGUCCAAAAAAUUCGGGACUAGCUGGACCUCUGUCUCUGUUAAUUCCGUGUCCGUUCCCUUCAUCGAUACUCCCUAUUAUGACAAACCUGAGGGAAAUGUGCAGCCCGUCGUGGAAUACGAUUUCCCCGAUGGGUCUAAGACCCUACCGAUCUACCGCAAGGGAGACGAUGAGAAGGCGUUCUUCGCGCUCUGGGAUAGCGUGGGGGCGGAGUUCGCGCUGAUCAACUCGGCGGUUGCGAGCGUCUUGGUUCCGGUCGUGGAUAAGGAGGCGCUGAGACAUAAGAGUAUCGACGGGUUGAUCGAGUACUAUGAGUCGCUCUUUGCAUUUUAUAACUCGCUUGCUGGUUUGUCUUUUGAGCCGGAGUUCGACUCAGACUUGAAUAUCUCGAACCGCUACUUCAUGAAGGCGGAUAUCCAUGGCGCUGGGGGUGCGUACUAUGGUCAUGAGUGGACGGCAGCGUCGACGAACGCUAUCAAAGGCUGGUGGCUUGAUCCGUUGGCGACGAACUGGGGAAAUUUGCAUGAGAUCGGCCACGGAUAUCAGGCUUCGUUCAGGAAUGAUCGGUACUUCUGGAACGGGGAGGUGUCGAAUAACAUCUACGCCGCUUGCUACCAGAGCGCGAUGCUGGGUGAUCGCAAGUAUAAGGAAGGUUGGCUAUACAAUUACGGGAAGCAGGCGCAGGUUGAGAAAGGUAUCACCGACAACAGUCAGGCUAAGCUUGGUCUGAACGAGUGGGAUCUGCGUGCGAAAUUGUACUUCCUGGUGAUGAUGAUCGACAAGGCUGGCUGGGACUCGUUCGCCGAUUUCAAUCGUCAGUAUCGCCUGGCCAGCAAUAGUCCCGGGUUCAAGGUCGCUGAUUAUUUGAUUCUGGAUAUGCUGUCUGAAAGCUUCAUUCGAGUGGCGAAUUUGGAUGUCACGCCUUUUGUUCAGUUGUGCAAUGGUGUAAUCUCGUCUACGCAGCUCCAGCGCAAUCAUUUCAGCCAGGCGAGAGCAGUUUACCCCUUGAGUGGUCUAGUGGAGAGCGACACUUUGACCAAGCUGCAGACAGAGCUCAAAUUACAAAGUCCUCUCGACCUGGUCGAAGUGUCGCAGCUGCUGGCCAGUGGUGUGACAGGCGACGUUCGCCUGAGCUUGAACAUCAAUGAUUUCAGUCAGAUUUAUGGGAAAUCGAUCUUGCUGCUGGUCGGCUCCCGCGUUGUACGGAACGUCAUGAUUCAAGAGUCGGUGGUCAGCCUGUCUGGUUUGACAAUUGGCGCGUAUACUCUAAGAUUGCCGACUGGGAGGAAUGACAAAUACCAGACGCCCAACGACCGCUAUCUAGUGGUUAAGCCCGGACUGGAAGAAGUCAAGGUCGACUUCGAACCUAAGACUGGAUCCUUGGUAGUCUCGCAGGAGAUCAAGCUGUUGGGGCUCGGAGACGAUCUAUUCAGCACCAUCCAAGUCGAUCAAGUCAACCACAUUGUGGAAGUCGCCGUCACCGAGAAAGAACCACACUCGUACUUUGGAGACCAGACUUAUGCUCAAAUCAUCAUCAAGGAUAAGUCUGGCACCGAGAAACUUCGCGUUACCAUGCCAGGUAAAGGUGCAACGUUGAGCAAUGAUAAGAUCCCGUUCGAACCGGGCUACACCCUUGAAGUCCAUCACGAAGAACCCAGCCACCGCAUCCAGCUGAGUCCUGACUUCGACGGAGUAAUUGACCACACCAAGAAGAUCAACACCUUCGAGAUAACGGCCAGUGGGCUGAAGAACCAAGCGUUAAACAACGACCCCUUGAAAGCACUGCUGCCUCGGAUUGAAGCAGCGGCGACAGAACUGCGCAGUCGACCCUUCAUGCUACGCGCAGAUUCUCCCGCUAAACUAGACAUCUGGCUGGCAAUCAACCUAUAUUCCGGAUCUCAGCGGGACGAUCUGCUCAAACAAUACGCCGACUGUCUCCCGACAGACAACGACCCUCCGGUGGAAGGUCUAGGCAACGCGUUUACAGUCGACUUUAAGGGCAUCGGCGAUCGUCAGUUCUUGAAGGUUGACGUGGACCUAAACACUAGGAAGCUCACAGUCCACCUGGAGUCCGGCGUGGCACACCACUACUUCGAUGACACUUAUGCAUCGUUGCAGUACAUAGACGCUGACGGCACCGAGCAGCUGAACCUGGAUAUCAAAGGCAGCAAAGACCAGAAGGCUGGACAGUGGCCGUUUCCGAUUUCCGGGUAUGGCGAGGAGGUGUUGAAGAUCAGGCAUGAGGAGCCGAAGAAUCGCCUGGUGGUGACCAACAACAUGCAGAAUCGACGCCUGUCUGAUCGAGAGAAGUUGCAGGAUUAUCGGAUCACACCCACUGGACUCGAGCUUAUUCAGUGAGUGGACGGUGAUGACGAUGGGUUAUACAUUCGGGGCUUGAAGGAUCAUCUGUUAAUCUUUCCCAAUGCUUCUUUCACUGCUCCUUUUUCUGUCAAACUGAGAAAUGUUUUCAAUGAUAGCACUGCUUGUUG